AUGAUGUUCGUCAUACGACAUACCAAAAGUGUGCAACUUUUUACCGGAAAUCGAGUCAACAAGAUUAUUCCGGUCCAGAGGAGUGGCCGUCGCUUUCUGCUGAGAUCGACCUUCGAGGUUGGUCUAGUCCAGGUGGGAGUUGGAGAAGAAUGGUUAGCCCAAGGGAAUUUGGUCCUGGCGACCGUGGACUGGCCUGUCCAGAGGCUGGAACUUGUACUACCCACAGGCACGUGGAGGCAGCCGGAUUUUCGUGGGCAAGCUGAGAACGACACCAAAACUAUGGUCGACGCGACCGGCAAUUCGACUGAUUGGCCCAUCAAGGCUUUGGCUGCAAGUCAAAUGCCACUACCCUUUGGGCAAUCUGAUACAGAACACGACUGA